UUUGCGUUAAACCGACACUAGGUCGGGCAGUGCUGCUGCUGCCGAGCAAACAAAGAUGUCGGAGCAGGAGGGUCUGAGGUGCAGCAGUGCCAGAAACCGCGGUGGCGUGCAGAGGGUUGAAGGAAAAUUACGAGCCAGCGUGGAAAAGGGGGAUUACUAUGAAGCACACCAGAUGUAUAGGACCUUAUUUUUUAGGUAUAUGUCACAAGCCAAACACCCAGAGGCCAGAGAGCUGAUGUUCCAUGGCGCACUACUUUUCUUCAGCUAUAACCAGCAAAACAGUGCAGCUGACCUCUCUAUGCUAGUACUAGAAUCUUUGGAGAAAUCUGAGGCAAAAGUUGAAGAUGAAGUACUAGAGCAACUGGCAAAGAUAUUCAGCAUGAUGGACCACAACUCCCCAGAGAGAGUAGCGUUUGUAUCCAGGGCCCUCAAGUGGUCCACGGGAGGCUCCAGCAAGCUGGGCAACCCCAAGCUCCACCAGCUACUGGCUGUUACCUUGUGGAAAGAGCAAAACUACAGCGAGUCCCGCUACCACUUCUUACAUUCGUCUGAUGGCGAGGGGUGCGCCCAGAUGCUGGUGGAGUACUCUGCCUCCCGGGGGUUCCGCAGCGAGGUCGACAUGUUUGUGGCGCAGGCCGUCCUACAGUUCCUCUGUCUGAAGAACAAGAACAGUGCUUCCGUGGUGUUCAGCACGUACACAGAGAAGCAUCCGUCCAUAGAGAAGGGACCCCCGUUCGUUCAGCCCCUGCUCAACUUCAUAUGGUUUCUGCUGCUUGCAGUGGACGGGGGUAAACUGACAGUUUUCACAGUAUUGUGUGAGCAGUAUCAACCUUCGCUGAAGAGGGACCCCAUGUACAAUGAGUAUCUCGACAGAAUAGGUCAGGUCUUCUUCGGAGUGCCACCGAAACAGUCCUCAUCAUAUGGUGGACUUCUAGGAAACCUCCUGAACAGCCUGAUGGGCUCGGGGGAGGAAGAGGAGGGUGAGGAGGUCCAGGAGGACGGCAGCCCCAUAGAGCUGGACUGAGAGCCGAGGGGAAGAGAGAAGAGCAUAAGUUAAAGAAAAAUGAAUUGAAAGAAGAACAGACAAGCGGAUCACCCACCCCUCCCCUCCCCCCCCCCCCCCCCCACACACACCUUUCUUUUUCACGUGGGGUUGAGGUGUCCUGGUGGAGGCCUGAUGUCUCCACUUUCCCCAAGGCCCACUCCGAUCCAGACACCCCAGCAUCCAUCUUUUCUUCCUCUCCACCGUCCCUCCUCCUCGUCUUGAUGUCAGAACCAGCAUCGGGCUGCUUACCCCCCCCACCCCUCCCCUCUGCACCACCGGGACCCGACGACGCCAAAACGACAAACUCUGAAAACCUCACCUCCCUAAUUCUAAAAUAAAUUAUGUUUCUUUCUUUCUUUGUUUAUAACGUUUUUUUUUCGUUUUUUUUCGUCUUCGGACUUUGUUUUUUCGUUUUGUAGGGUUUUUAAAAGGACUCGGACUGCAACGACGUUGCCGAAGAACUUGAGUCUCUUCUCUGCGUUUCCGAUCUUUCUUUGAUUUGUAAGCGAUUCCGGUCUUUUUUUUUUUCUCCCUUCUCCCCCCUUCCCUGUUCUUCUCUGUGGUUCAGUGUCUUCAAGUUUGAUUGGUGGAAAUGGAUGGCUGUAAUUGCUCAGCAAUCGUGUGACACAGGCCUACAUAUUUAACUUCCCAACCAUUUUAAUAAGUUCAAAGGUCACUUGACUUCCAGACAGUACAAAGCAUCAUCGCACGUUGACAACCUUUUAACCAGUUUAGAAAGGAAUCGUGGAACCGUCAUGGAAGUCCUAGUGCUUCUGCCUGCCUACAUGUCGACGUUGUAGUGGAUUUUUUUUUUUUGGGGCGGGGGGGAUGGCGAUGUUUAUCUCACAAAUGUUAACAAAGAACCAUUCAUCUUUUUGUUUAUUUUUACGAUGUGUGUUGUGCUGCACUGUAUUCAUUUUGGUUCUACACAGAAACUCAAGGACUGUUCAAAAGUCUGUCGCUGACCCCAAGUCUUUCAACCGAUUCAUUUUUGUCUUUUUAUUUUAAUUAUGUCAAAGUACUGGCACUACCAACUGUAAAUUCCCAAGACUUUGGCCGAUUGUUGGAUGGUUAAAAUAAAACACAGGAAAAAUGAA